AUGACGUUUAUUGUAUUGAUGUUUUCAAAGCAGAAAUGUGUUGUAGACCAUCACUAUGCAAAGGCUGUGUUGGCAGCAAUUAUCAGUGAUGGACAGGAAAAAAGACACCAAGCAAGGAUAUUGCUUCUUUCUGGUAGAAUAGUCCAAGUUUUAAUUGUAGAUGUAAUUUCAAGACUAUCAUUCCAUAGUAGUGCAGUAUCUGGAACAAGGAAUGAAACCAUAAAAGCAGAUAGCAAGAAAUUGUUGCAACUUGUUCUUCUGGUUGGAAGUAUGCAUGAAAUCCCAAGCAGGGUGUCAAGUGCUUACUACAAGAAGAUGUCGUCAAAAAACAAAAAUAUGGAAAAUUCAGAAGCUUUUUACAAGCCCUCAUUAGCUGUUCAGAAGACCAGUGCUGAGAUUAUAAAUGAAGCCCGAAAUGCAUUAAAAACAUUAAGAACUAGAAGACCAUUUACACCAAGAGAGGAACAAAGGAAGCUUUUUGGAUCCACCUCUUCAAGGACACCUGAAAAUAGGCCUCCUUCUUCUUUUAGUCUCCAUGCUUCCAGCUUUGAAUCAGCUGAACCAAGGCCUGUGUCUUGUACUCGCCUUAGCCCACUGGAUCAUAAGCCAAAGAUGCCGUUAUCUUUCACGAGCAAUGAAGAGUAUCACAUUUCUCCCCCUAAGCCGCCAGUGGAUUCAGAGGAGAUUAGAAAGGUCAGAAAUGCCCAUACACGUUUGUUUAGAACUGCCUCUCAUGGAAAUCUUCUCAAUGAUAAAAUGUUCAAUUCAGUUGAGAGCAAGAGACUGAAUUUUGAAGAACAAACUACCCUGGGUGAUGUUUCAAGAAGCAAUGAAAAUUUUUCAGCAAAACUAACAGUCCAGUCAGGCUUUGAAGAUGAGGGUCUGCCAUUAACUUACAAAGAGCAUAAUGAUAAGGUAGCCUGUUCGGAAAUGACAGAAAUAGCAACGCCAUCUCAAGUCAUCAGUAAAAGUGACCAGGAUCAUCCUAAGAGAUCAGGCAGGCCUUCAUCAUGUCCAGACAACACUAAUUGGAUUAAAUCUGAUGCUAAGACAGAAAAUAAUUUGGGAGUGAAUGAAACUGACGAGGAAGAAAACUACUGGAAUAUGAGAAUUUUGACAAUUUUACAUGAAUUAGAGACUGAGGACAAUGUAGAAAGCCUAUGCCAUGCCUGUGACAUUCUCUAUCAAGCUUUGGAGGAAGGAAAUAUGCUUGGCAAGCGAUUUAAAAAGAGAACUUUGUUUCUGAAGACUUUGUAUAAAUUAUGUGACAUUGCUUCAGAUCCACUUGGCCUGAAACUAGCAAAAAUAAUUCUGGGCUUGAAAGUGAGUGGAAAAAACCUGCUUAAUGUCUGCAAACUUGUAUUUAAAAUUAGUAGAAAUGAAAAAAACGAUUCCCUCAUUCAGAGUGAUCAGAUAUUGGAUUCUCUGCUGAAAAUUCUGAGAGGUGAAGAACUGCAAGCAAACACAGAAGCCUUUAUCUAUUGUAUUGGUGCGCUAAAAUUUAUUUCUGGAAAUACAAGCCUUGUUCAUGAAAUGUGCCACAAGGGAACGCUUGAAGUUCUGGUUCAAUUUAUGAAGCAGAUUAAUUUAAUUAAUGAAAAUGAGGCACAUUUUUGCAGCUCAGGACACCUCUUGGUCCAGCUAACUGCUACUUUGCGAAACUUGGUUGACUUGCCUCAAUCACGGUGUGAACUCCUGAGCUAUGGAGCCAUUCCAGAGCUUUGUCUGAUGAUGGAAAAACGUAUGAAUGACAAGGAUAUAUGUACCAAUGUGGCCAGAAUAUUCAGCAAACUUUCUUCCUUCAAUGAUUGCUGCUCAGCUUUGGCAGAUUGCUCCAGAUGUUACGUCUUAUUUUUAGCCCUGCUAAACAAACACCCAGAGAAGCAGGAUUUGGUGGUUCGUGUCAUUUUCAUUCUUGGCAACCUAACAGCAAGGAACAGUCAGGCUCGGGAGCAAUUUUUUGAGGUUGAAGGAAGCAUUAAUACCCUGACAACCCUAUUCCAAACUCAUUGUGACAUUGAUGCUAAUAGUGAACUGUGCAAAGAUGAUGGUGAAUUAAGAAAACUUGGGCAUCCUUCUGAAGCAGAAGAUGUCCUCAUCAAACUUGUAAGAGUGAUUGCCAAUUUGUCCAUUCAUCCUAGUGUUGGUGCAAGUCUAGCAACUAACCAUCAGAUUGUGGCAUUACUUAUUAAAGUACUAGAAUACAAAUCAGUUGACAAAUGUGAGGAGCUGGUUAUUAACACUACAGCAACAAUCAACAAUUUGUCCUACUAUCCAGUGAAGAAUUCUGUAAUCCUAGAGAAGAAAUUAUACAUUGCAGAGUUGCUGAUAAAGCUAUUACUGAGCAAUAACAUGGAUGGGAUUCUGGAGGCUGUUCGAGUCUUUGGUAAUCUUUCCCAGUAUCAUGAAAUCUGUGACUUCAUUGUUCAGAAAAAUGUGUACAAAUUCAUGAUUGCGUUACUUGAUGCCAAACAUCAAGAUAUCUGCUUUUCGGCCUGUGGAGUUCUCCUCAACCUUACUGUGGAUAAAAGCAGGCGUUCUGUACUGAAUGAAGAUGGCACAAUUAAAAAGUUAAUCGAUUGUUUAAGAGACUUUGGGCCUACAGACUGGCAGCUGGCUUGCUUGAUAUGCAAAACCUUGUGGAACCACAGUGAGAACUUUACUAGCACUGGGCCCUGCUUCGAAGAGGAAGACGCCAACACCCUGCUACUUCUCCUUGCAUCAUUUUUAGAUGAAGAAUUAGCACUGGACUGCAAUCUUGACAGCGAUUUAAGAGAUUACCACAAACUGUAUUGGGAAUCAGAAUUCAAACCUGUGGCACAGAAGCUUCUCCAGAGAAUUCAGAACUGAAAAUCAUUUUUAUGUCCUUUAAAUAUUACUUCAUUUGAAGGCAGGUGGUGAUGAAAUACUUUAAGGACACU